UCCCGGUUCUUUGUUUUCUUGUCACUAUGACAGGAUCCUGAAAAAGUCUCUCCUUAACUGUGUCUAGGCCCCCAGUAGAAUUACAGCAAGAAACUUCCUGUUGAGGCUCUAAGAAGCAGCAGGAAGGAGAAACCUGUUCAGCCAAUAAGAGUCAGCCACGCUCAGCCGAGGGACGUAUAAAGGCAGGUCCAGCGGAAUAACCCGCAGUCCGCCUUUGGACGUGAAAGAGCGGCCUCCUUUCACUUGAGCGUCAACAUGGGAAAGGGAAAUGAAGACCCCGGUCUCCACUGCUCCUCCAUCCAGCACCCCACUGACCAGCCCCCUUCCCCACAGAUCUUUACAGAAAGGGGCCCAGAUGAGAAGAAACCAUUCAAAGGAAAAGGCAAGACGGCCUCCUCCCAUUCCAGUGAGAAGCACAUACAAAGGCAAGCAGGAUCGGAGCCCAACCCAAACAAGGAGGAGAAUUCUGAGGAAACCAAGCUCAAGGCCGGGAACAGCACUGCUGGAUCCUAACCAGAGUCCAGCUCAUACCGGGAAAACUGCAGGAAAAGAAAAAUCAGUUCCAAGGACAGCUGCCAAGACAGAGCAGGGAACUGUCCAGAAGAAGAGUGCAGCUUGACGCUGAAAAAAAAAUCAAGAUCCUCCACUGCUGUGCACAACAGUGAAAUCCAGGAGACCUGUGAUGGCCACCAUGGGGGACAUUCCAGGGCCCGCACUGGGCGCAGCCAGCGGCACACGUCUCGGGCCCUAGGAGUCCAAACACCGUCACUUCGAAAAAACUUGGUGACCUCUGUGCGAGCUAUGUCGGAGGCUAUUUAUCAAGACCUAGCCCAGGUGUGGGCACAGCAGAUCCGUUCUCCACUGACCUCGGAGCAGCUCACACUGCUCACUCAGCUCCGGGGGCCUCUGUGUGCUCAGGUGCAGACCUUGUAUUCCAUGUCCACCCAGGCAGCUUAUGUCUUCCCUGCUGAGGGCUGGCUUGUCCCAGCCACACUGCCUGGUUCUGGGGAUUCAGCCCUGGAUAGAGAAGCCCACCCUGGGCGGGAGAUAACUGAGCCUGUCAGUGGAUCAGAUGAGGCUGAGCUGGGAGCACCUUGA